AUGCCAUCGUAUGCAACAACAAUUUCUGAACGUCCAUCUUUGUUGAAAUCACCAGCACCCACUACUAAUGGAGCAAAAUCGAAACCUAUGCUAAGCGUAANGAAUUAUGCUCCAUCAAAUUUACAAUUAAAUGCAGUUAACUAUGGUUUUAAAAUUGAACGAACAUACAUAGCUAUCAAUGAUUCAUCACAUGUUCAGAAACAAUCAGAUGGUACAUGGAAAUUCAAGUUAGGUGAAAAAAUCAAAGUCAUAUUAACAAUGACAACUACACAAAGACGAUAUCAUAUCGCAUUAGUUGAUUAUUUACCAGCUGGUUGUGAACCAUUAAAUACAAAAUUAAAAGGUACAUUGACUGACGAUACAGAAUCAUCAGUAACAAGAUCAAACAGAAAUCUUUAUUAUUGUGGAUGUCGACCAUAUUCAACUAUUGGUUGGACUGAGCAUGAAAAUUUACGAGAUGAACGUGUUGAAGCAUUUCGAUCGUUAUUAUGGCCUGGUGUAUAUGAAUGGUGUUAUGUAAUGCGUGCAACAUGUGCUGGAACAUUUAUCAUUCCACCAGCUAAAGCCGAAGAAAUGUAUUCACCAGAAAACUUCGGUCGAUGUGGUACGGAAAAGCGAUAUCAUAUAGCAUUAGUUGAUUAUUUACCAGCUGGUUGUGAACCAUUAAAUACAAAAUUAAAAGGUACAUUGACUGGCGAUAUACAAUCAUCAGUCACAAGAUCAAAUAAAAAUCUUUAUUAUUGUGGAUGUAGACCAUAUUCAACUAAUGGUUGGGCUGAACAUGAAAAUUUACGAGAUGAACGUGCUGAAGCAUUUCGAUCGGUAUUAUGGUCUGGUGUAUAUGAAUGGAGUUAUGUAAUGCGUGCAACAUGUGCUGGAAAAUUUAUCAUUCCACCAGCUAAAGCCGAAGAAAUGUACUCACCAGAAAACUUUGGUCGAUGUAGUACGGAAAAGGUUAUAAUUAAAUAA